AUGAUGGUCGCCAGCUAUGGCGGUCGACGGUGGUUGGCGGUAGGCGGAGGAAGGAGGGGUGUCGGCGACUGUAAUUUACUGUGUGUUUGGUCGCAUCCAUCCUCGGUGAUGGGUUGUUGCCGCAGCGAGCUGCAGAAGCGCGGCGGCGGAUCUCCGCCACUGACGAGACGAUGGGCCGGUUUCUGCAUGACCCAGCACAAUGUUGGAGCUUUGGUGGUGGUUAAACCAGGGGAGAAGAAGUUGAUUGCAAGAAUUAUCACUGAAAGAGAAAUAUCCUUAGCUAGGCAGUAUAAUGUCAUAGAUCAAGGUUAA